GAAGGAGGCAGAGCAGGAGCCGCGUCCCUGUCUCCGAAUGACGUAGUGAGGAGAGCGAGGGUGAGAGAGAGAGAGAGAGAGAGAGAGAGAGAGAGAGAGAGAGAGAGAGAGAGAGAGAGAGAGAGAGAGAGAGAGAGAGCGGUGCACCGUGUAACGUCGUUUAUGUGUACCGUCGCUCUCUCCCCGAUGCCACGCCGCUGUCGUUGAUGUACUGACAGGAUUUAAUUUGGGUCCACGAAACAACCGUGUAAUGAAUCCACCUCAACGCUCUCCGGACAUUAGUCUCCAUGAAACACACUUUUGCAUACAUUACUGUGGACACGGGCUGUUAAUGCUCUGGAGCAUGGCAGCAGAGCGGGCGGCGGGUGUGUGUGAGUACCAUUCCGAGGCAGCAGCGACACGGUGUUUAGUUACUAUGGAAGACGCUAACCGAAACCUCAGUCCUGUGUAACUUUGUCCUUGAUUUUGGUACUUUAAUAUUUGAUUUAUUGAAAUCGUAAACCGUUGUUUACCAAACGCACUUAAUAAAAGCACAAGUGUGUGUGUGAGCCUGAACUGUCUGACUAGUGUCGAGGCGUCACUGAGGGCUGGAGGACUGUGAGGACUUCCCCGGGAGGGGAGCUUCGUACCGCGGUUCUGGACGUUUAAACACCCGUAACACGGUGCAACUGGACCUUUAAACAUCCGUAACACGGUGUUUUAAAACAGUGUUUGAUAGCCUAGCCCCUAGCAUCCCGUCCGCCGGGCUCUUGGCGCUCAACCGCGCGUGUUCGCGUAGCUGCUCCUGGUCCAAUCACGCGGAGCUAUCUCCCGCCCGCCACCGCCGUGCACACGCCCGCGCGCACGCCCGCCGGGAGGACCAUGGCACUCCUCCCUCCGCGAGUCAUCAGCGGGACCCGCCGUCCUCAACCCCAAACUCAGAGGCGCAGUAAAGGAAUGGCAUUGUUCCUCCUCCUCCUCAUCGUCUCAGCCUUACCGUCCUCCACUGCUGUGCGCAAUACAUCUGCAGGGUGUGCCAUCAUCCGCCCGCCCCGGGACGGAGGGAUCCGGUACCGGGGCCUGACCCAGGAGCAGAUCCGCAGUGUGCAGGUGCUGCCCGUGGACUAUGAGAUCGAGUACAUCUGCAGAGGGAACCGCGUGAUCGUCGGGCCCAAGGUCAGGAAGUGUCUGCCCGACGGCACCUGGACCGACCUGACCCAGCACAGCCGCUGCUUGCUGCUGUGUGCGCGCGUGUGGACGUCCCUGGAGAACGGUCGCGUGUCCCACUGGCCCCCGGGGCCCCCCGUAGAGGGCACGGUGCUCAGCUACAGCUGCCUGCCCGGCUUCAUCCUCAUCGGCCGCAACUCCACCCACUGCAACAAGAUGGGCAAGUGGGACACGCCCAAGCCCGUCUGUCACUAUGACCGCCACUACACAGGCAAGAAAAAGCUGUACAUCGGAGCGCUGUUCCCCAUGAGCGGGGGCUGGCCCGGCGGCCAGGCCUGCCUCCCGGCCGCCCGCAUGGCCCUCAACCUGGUGAACCGGCGCAGCGACAUCCUGCCCGACUACGAGCUGGAGCUCAUCCACUACGACAGCAUGUGCGACCCGGGCCAGGCCACCAAGCUGCUGUACGACCUGCUCUACACAGAGCCCAUCAAGGUGCUGCUGCUGCCAGGCUGCAGCUCCGUGUCCACGCUGGUCGCUGAGGCGGCGCGCAUGUGGAACCUCAUCGUGCUGUCGUACGGCUCCAGCUCCCCGGCGCUCUCCAACCGCCAGCGCUUCCCCACCUUCUUCCGCACCCACCCCUCGGCCACACUGCACAACCCCACCCGCGUGCAGCUCUUCCAGAAGUGGAAGUGGACCAAGAUCGCCACCAUCCAGCAGACCACCGAGGUCUUCACGUCGACGCUGGAUGACCUAGAGGAGAGGGUGAAGGAGGCCGGUAUUGAAAUCAGUGUUCGCCAGAGCUUCCUCACUGACCCCGCUGUGGCCGUCAAGAACCUCAAGCGUCAGGACGCCCGCAUCAUCGUGGGCCUCUUCUACGAGACCGAGGCCCGGAAGGUCUUCUGUGAGGUGUACAAGGAGAAGCUGUACGGCAAGAAGCACGUGUGGUUCCUGAUUGGCUGGUACGCCGACAACUGGUUCAAGAUCCACGACCCGUCCAUCAACUGCACCGUGGAGCAGAUGACGGAGGCGGUGGAGGGCCACGUCACCACGGAGAUCGUCAUGCUCAACCCUGAGACGGUGCGCGGAGCGUCUAACCUGACAUCCCAAGAAUUCCUGGCCCAGCUGAUGUCCGAGCUGGGGGGCAAGAAUCCGGAGGAGACGGGGGGCUUCCAGGAGGCCCCGCUGGCCUACGAUGCCAUCUGGGCCAUGGCUCUGGCCCUCAACAAGACUGUGGGGCCCCUCAGGGCCAAGGGCCGCAGGCUGGAGGACUUCAACUACAACAACCGGGACAUCACGGCCGAGAUCUACCGCGCCCUCAACACCAGCUCCUUUGAGGGUGUUUCUGGCCACGUUGUUUUUGAUGCCCAGGGGUCCAGGAUGGCUUGGACCCUCAUAGAGCAGCUCCAAGGAGGAAGCUACAAGAAGAUUGGAUACUAUGACAGCACCAAAGGCAAUCUGUCCUGGUACGGCAACGACAAGUGGAUAGGCCCCGGGCCCCCUGCCGACCAGACGGUGGUCAUUGAGGAGUUCCGCUACCUCUCCCAGAAGCUCUUUGUGUCUGUGUCGGUGUUCGCUGGACUGGGCAUCCUGCUGGGAAUCGUCUGCCUCACCUUCAACAUCUACAACAGCAACGUCAGAUACAUCCAGAACUCCCAGCCCUACCUGAACAACAUCACGGCGGUGGGCUGCAUGAUGGCUCUGGCCGCCGUGUUCCCCCUGGGCAUCGAUGGCCUCCACGUCGCCCGCAGGCAGUUCCCUGUGGUCUGCCAGUUCCGUCUCUGGCUGCUGGGUCUGGGCUUCAGCCUGGCGUACGGCAGCAUGUUCACCAAGAUCUGGUGGGUGCACACGGUGUUCACCAAGAAGGAGGACAAGAAGGACAAGAGGAAGCACCUUGAGCCAUUCAAACUGUAUGCCACGGUGGGGGUGCUGCUGGGCGUCGACGUGCUGUCUCUGAUGAUCUGGCAGAUCGUGGAUCCUCUACACAUCACAGUGGAGAAGUUCACUCGAGAGGCCCCCAAGGGGGACUUGGAUGUGUUGAUCCAGCCGCUGCUGGAGCACUGCAGCUCAGAGAAGAUGAACACCUGGCUGGGUGUGGUGUACGGCUACAAGGGCCUGCUGCUGCUGCUGGGCAUCUUCCUGGCCUACGAGACCAAGUCCAUCUCCACGGAGAAGAUCAACGACCACCGCGCGGUGGGCAUGGCCAUCUACAACGUGGCGGUGCUGUGUAUGAUCACCGCCCCGGUCACCAUGAUCCUGACCUCGCAGCAGGACGCCUCCUUCGCCUUCGCCUCGCUCGCCAUCGUCUUCUCCGUCUACAUCACCCUGGUGGUGCUCUUCGUCCCCAAGAUGCGCCGUCUGAUCACCCGCGGGGAGUGGCAGUCGGACGCGCAGGAGACCAUGAAGACCGGCUCGUCCACCAACAACAACGACGAGGAGAAGUCCCGGCAGCUGGAGAGGGAGAACAAGGAGCUGCAGAAGAUCAUCCAGGAGAAAGAGGAGCGCGUGUCGGAGCUGCGGAGCCAGCUGACGGAACGCCAGGCGCUGCGCUCCCGGCGCCGCCCCUCCGCCGCCAGCGCCACGGUCGCCGCCGGCAACCAGAACCACAGCUCCCAGUCCCCCCAGUACCAGCACCACCCCUCCGACCCCAAGUCCCUGGUGCCCCCGCCGGGCUACCCCGCCCCCUCCACGGACAACCACGCCCCGCUGCCGCCCUCCUUCUCCACCGCCGCCAGCCUCUACCAGACCGCCGACGCCAAGAUGGGCCGCAACAACUGCCACACCGGCCGCCUGCAGCUGCUCUACAAGUGACCCCCCCCCCACCCGAGGCGGGGUCGGGGCGGAGCCCCAGGUGGUGGGGGGGGGGGGGGAGGAGGCUAGGCGUCGAGUUGGGUGGUGAAAUUAUCUUUGUUCUGAAAAAAUGACAAAAAAAGCUGUUUCUACCGCUUGCGUUUCCCGGCCGCAUGACGAUAACAAUAGGGGUUUCUGUUUUCAUUGAACUUGUUCGGCGGCUGCGAUUGGCCCGGAUGAAGACUGUUAGCCAACAUGACUAUGGAAGUAAAUCUGUGCCAUCGGAUUUUGAAAAUAAAAAGCCAUUGAAUUCUAAGCACUGAAUAUUUAUGCAUUGAAAUAACGUUUUCGGAUUUUUUCGCCUCUAUAUAUACUCUUUACCUUUUUCAACAAAUCAAUUUCACAUUUAUUUUUCAUUGUAAAAUAAUUCAAAAUCAAAUAUUCAACGUUUAAAGAUUCUACUUAAAUAUUUUUAACAUCCCCAUAUUCAACAUGCCAAAGUCACCUGCAAAAUUCAAUGUAUGAAAUUCAGUGUUAACAUCCCCAACGAAGAGCAAUCUAUCCUAGAUGCUAGAUCGUGGUCAAGCAAGGAGCGGUUCUUUCUUUUUUGAUACAAACGUUAAUUCUAAACAUAAUUUUACACAGUAGCCUAUAAUAGGAAAUGCUCAAAGGUAAAUCAACGUCAUUAAACACUGACUGUAGCUUUUUAUGGGGACCUUACUAAACGCCCUAUCCAUUGUAUCGGUCUGUAAAAUGCUAAUCAAAUUAAAUGAACUGUAUUUAUUAAGCACAUUUAAUAUCGAGGGGGGGGGGAUCUUAUCUUUUAUUUAUGUUUUUGUUAGAAUGCACACCGUUUAUUACUACAGUAUGAAAUAAACUAUGAUCUAAUGCCUGUAUGUGAAAUGUGUGUGAUUGCAGUAACCUGUCUGGAUUUACCUGCAGCGUAAGGGUAAUUGUUGUAGUAGGUUAAGGAGACCAAAUUAUUAGGGCACCCAUUUGAUGCGAUCGGAGGUCCCUUUUCCUACGUUUGGUGUGAUGCUGGGGCGAUCUGAAGCCCGCUGUCCACUUUGGGACAAGAGCGCUUAAAUUCAGAGGCAAAAAAUCCAGAUAGGCCUACGUUACUUCAAUGCAUAAAUAUUCAGUGCUUAAAAUUCAAUGGCUUUUUAUUUUCAAAAUCCGAUUGCACAGAUGACCGGACUCUCUCUCAGCUCCCUCGCUCGUUCACUCGGAGUGGAGAUCACAAAAGUGUGCCAUAAUUUACUGCUCAUCGAUUGCUUUCCAAGAGAAGGGCGUCGGCCUGCUUGCAUCGUCCAAUCCCAAGGCUCGCUCUGCCGUCAGCCUCUGUGGCCGUGCUCUCCCCCCGUUGCUCGACCAAUCAGAAUAAGAUGAGGUAGUAUCUCUUAGUCAUCAGCGAGUGUGUGUCAUUACAUGAUGUUUACCCUAAGCCCUGUAUCCUGGUGUGGGAGGAUAGAGCUUCUGACUGUGCCAAAGGGCCCACGGCCCACUGCAGCCUACAGAACGGGGUUUUAGUGUCCUCAGCAUCGAGGGAUCCUGUCAAGCUCUUGUCAGGGUUAAAGAUGUUGAUGUGUGUGAGAUUUGUCGGUAUUAUCUCUGUUCAAAGAGACUGUCGUGGUUCACUCACCGAAUGGCCUCCUCUGUGGAGGUAAAGGGAGAACAUGGUGGCUCCUUGCUCAUGGGGGGCUCUUGGCUCAUGGGGGGGGGGGUCUUGGCUCAUUGGGAGGGGCGUGGCUGAGUGCAGCUGCAGCCCUGUGUCCAGUGUGCUGGGGGCUUGCCACUGGACGUGGCUCGGUGGAAGCCUCAAUCAAACCCCUUUCAAUUUCUUGGUGGUGAAUCUUGUUCACAGCUGUUGUUUUUACCAGCUCUCUCUUCUCUCUCGAUCAUCGAUCACUUUGCCAAAACUCAAUGUGUGCGUCAGCAUAGACCAGCAUACUGUCCUACCCACAUGGCCAGCGUCCUCGUGGCUGAACCAAGCUCUACGUGUCAUGGCACCGGACCCUAGUCAUGUACUGAUCAGGGCUGAUCUUCUUUGGCUUCCUGGUUAAACCCCGGGUCUUGUGCUGAAGAGUGACUCUUCUUCCCAUCCCCGCAGAGCGGUAUGGCCUCUGCAGGUACCUCUGUUUUAGAAAGACCUCAUUGUUUUUUAACAGUGGAUAACGAAGAGGAAUGGAUGCUUUUUCAUGUCACCCAAAGUCCCCUUCUGAACCUCAGACAGGUCAAAUUUUUGUUUUGGUUGCUUCCCAGUUCUGCUUUCUCUGCCUCUUUGUUUAGCUCCUUUCUCUUAGUGUGAUGACAUAAGGAGAUUUCUACUUUGUUUCUGAAAAAGUACAUUUCUUCAAAAUAAAACUUUCCGGAAAGUUUUAUUUUGGUUCCUCAGUGACUGUUUUUGACAGUAUUAAUGUUACUGUGGCUCUCCAACCUGUUGUGGUCCACAGCCCGGUACAGACAGUGUCCAUCACACAUCACCAUGCCAUGUGAACAGUGCCAACGCCAGGUCAUCAGCACCUCUCAACACAUCCCUCUGGAGACGGUCUCUCCAUCCCUCUGUUAAUCAGUGGACUGGACGGUCUCUCCAUCCCUCUGAAAUCUGUGUACUUGACGGUCUCUCCAUCCCUCUGUUAAUCAGUGGACUGGACGGUCUCUCCAUCCCUCUGUAUAUCAGUGUACUGGACGGUCUCUCCAUCCCUCUGUUAAUCAGUGGACUGGACGGUCUCUCCAUCCCUCUGUAUAUCAGUGUACUGGACGGUCUCUCCAUCCCUCUGUUAAUCAGUGGACUGGACGGUCUCUCCAUCCCUCUGUAUAUCAGUGUACUGGACGGUCUCUCCAUCCCUCUGUAUAUCAGUGUACUGGACGGUCUCUCCAUCCCUCUGGCUGUAUAUCAGUGUACUGGACGGUCUCUCCAUCCAUCUGUAUAUCAGUGUACUGGACGGUCUCUCCAUCCCUCUCUAUAUCAGUGUACUGGACGGUCUCUCCAUCCCUCUGGCUGUAUAUCAGUGUACUUGACGGUCUCUCCAUCCCUCUGUUAAUCAGUGGACUGGACGGUCUCUCCAUCCCUCUGUAUAUCAGUAUACUGGACGGUCUCUCCAUCCCUCUGUAUAUCAGUGUACUGGACGGUCUCUCCAUCCCUCUCUAUAUCAGUGUACUGGACGGUCUCUCCAUCCCUCUGUAUAUCAGUGUACUGGACGGUCUCUCCAUCCCUCUGGUUGUAUAUCAGUGUACUGGACGGUCUCUCCAUCCCUCUGGCUGUAUAUCAGUGUACUGGACGGUCUCUCCAUCCCUCUGGCUGUAUAUCAGUGUACUGGACGGUCUCUCCAUCCCUCUGGCUGUAUAUCAGUGUACUGGACGGUCUCUCCAUCCCUCUGGCUGUAUAUCAGUGUACUGGACGGUCUCUCCAUCCCUCUGGCUGUAUAUCAGUGUACCGGACGGUCUCUUCAAGGCCUAGGAUUUCCUCUAGCUUGACUCUAGCAUAGCAGCCUGGUGUUACAUGCGUGUGUGUGUGUGGUAGAAACAACUUGUUAUAUGACUGUGAAUAAGUUGGAGUUCCUUCCAAGCACUUAGGAAUGAAGAAGGAGACGAUUUGAGGCUGUUUGGAGGAAGCCUAGGACUCAUCCGACAGACCAUCUCAAGUCGUCCUUUGUAAAUAAUGUACGUUUGUAAACUGUCUCUACUGUAAGGCAUUUCAACAGUCAACAAUUGCAGAUAUAAUAGUGGCAUCCAUACAAAUGAGAAGUAUGCACAAUGUUGAUGAUAAUGUACAUGGUGAAGAUUAGGCAGUAUUUAUAUCCUUGAACAUGCGUUUACCAGCUGUAUCUUGUGUGGUACCGUAUUUGAAAUAUAUUUCUAUAUGCUAAUUCAUAAUGUCGGAGAUUAUUUGAAAUGCUAAGAAAAUGAAUAAAAGUCAUUUUUUUUGCAGAA